AUGGAACUAAUGCAAUGGUUCAAGCCAUUCCUUGUUUUAUGUCUAUUACCGCUCGUCCAAGCCUAUACAGUUUUCGAGACGAACUGUUCUGUUCCUGUCACUCGCUCAAACUAUGUGUCGUCUCCUAACACUCGUGGUACUCUUGACAUCCUGUGGACUUCUCUUUUCACAAUCUUUGCCUGUACUUGGACCCUUCAGCAUCCGAACGUUCCCAAGCAACGAGACGUACAACAAGAAGAACAAGAGUUGGAGCACGAAGAUGACUUCCAGCAAGAAGAACAAGAGGGCGAGCACGAAGACCAACCAAAACUACAGAAAUACGUUUUGCUGAUGCGCGUUAAAUGGGUAAAACUUGAGGAGAGAUAUGCCAAAUGGAUGGAUGCCACGUGGAAAGAUGUCAAAUGGAGAAAUGCAAGAUGGGGAGAUGCUCAAUGGGCAUUAACAAACUUCUAUGCAAGUACGCUGCGCAUGCUCUUGACGGUCAUUGCUCCCGAACUCAUAAUGUUUGCGGCUGCUGAUAACUGGGUGGCGGCACGCGAGAACUGUCGUGAAAUGCGGCGGUAUGCUAAACAGGACAGAGUUGCUUGGAGUUUGAGUCACAGCUAUUUUGCCAAUAUGGGUGGUUUUGUCAUACGAGCCAAGCCGACGGACGAACAAAGGCACCAUGACCCAUACCAUCUUACUGGCAAUAGUAUCCUUGCCCUUCGAGAAAGAGGGUUUAUUGAAAAAUUGCAUAGCAUGACAAAGGCAGAGAUCAACGACAGGUCCAAGGGUGAUAUACUUGUUAAAUUGAUUGCGCUUGGCCAAAUCAUUUGGUCAGUAAUCGAGAUUAUCGCACGGGCUUUCAGAAGGCUUCCCGUCUCACCUCUCGAAGUGGCUGUUGUUGCCUUUGCUGUGUCUGCGAUUUUUAUAUACGGCCUCUACUGGAACAAACCACAGCGAGUUGGCGUUGCUCAAGCAAUUCAAUUAGGGAACUCGGAUAUGCUGAGUGAGGAAACUGAAUCGGAACGAGUCGGAUUGGAUGCAGGAGCCAUAUCAGAAGAGAGAGCGAUGCCGGAUAAAGUGUACGCGCUGCUCAAAUCCAUAAGGUCUCGCCGGAUUCUCAAGGGAGCCCCUGGCAAUGCUUUCGGCGUUCAGAUGGAGACUCUACCUGGUGCGCCGAUCAGCCUCGACUCACAGGAGGAGUCUCAAAAUGCUGGGCUGAUCAUAGGCGUUGUGGGUGUUGGUGCGGCCAUGUUUGGCGGGAUCCACGUUAUUGCUUGGAACUUUGCUUUCCCAUCAACGGCUGAGCUGAUCUUAUGGAGGUACGCAAGCGUCUAUACGACUGUAGCACCGCUUUGCACUCUUCUGUUUGAUUUCAGCUACCACAGGCGUCUUGAAGACAAGAUUGAAGAUGUCUUUGGAGAAGUUGUUGGAGACAUUAUUGGGAAGCUCUUGCAUGGUGUCCUAGCCGCGCUUCCUAUAUUCCUUUAUGUUAUCGCCAGGAUUUUUAUUGUUGUUGAAAUGUUUCGAACGCUUUGCUUUCUGCCCCCUGGGUCUUAUAUUUCUACUUGGACAUCUAAUAUCCCGCAUGUGGGUUGA